CCAGUUCCACUCUGAGAACGGACUACAAUACUGACAACACGCCUGUUUGGCUCAAGAUGCACAUCUCAGUGCUUUUCAAGGUCAUACUGCUGUUGGAGUUGGGUGUACUGUUGCUCGAAGCAGGUAAUUCUCCCGCAGGACGCAGAGGAAAGAAGGAACGGAAAAGGGCUGUAGCUAAUGGGGGCUCCCAAAGAAAAGCCAGAAAACUGUGGCUGAGUUUUGAUUCUGCAGUAGAAAACCUACCAGAUACCAGAUACCAAAUAUCUCCAAGUCAGUCAACAUCUCCAUGGAUGUAUGAGGUGUCUUACGACGAAUCCCGUAUUCCGAGUCGCAUCUUCGAGGCAAAGUGUGAGAGAGUGGGCUGCCUGAACAAAGAUGGAAGUGAAGACGUUGGUCUGGAAUCGAAACCCAUUUUCUACCAAAUCCUGGUGCUCAGAAGAGUAAAGGGCAAAAAGAAGAACUAUUCCUUCAGGCUGGAGAAAUAUACCACUAGUGUGGGCUGCACAUGUGUUUCACCUAACGUUAUUUCUCACAUGUAGUGCUGUAGUGCUAUAUUUGACUGAAAAAAAAACCAAACAAAACAAAACUGUGCAUACAGCUUCACAGCCAUUUAUAUUGACUACGCAGUCAUAUUAUUGCUUUCUUUGUUCUUGCUCUCUUUUUUAGCUUUUUAGGAAACUAGAAAACAAAGGGCUUGACAUGAACAUUUGAGGAACAUUCUUUUGUCUCCUCAACUCUUUGCUGUUUUUAGUUCUGAGACUCAGUUAUCAAUAAAGGACCAACAAAAAGACAAAGCACAAAUUAUUUGUUUAAUAAAGAGGUGUUUUUACUGACCAUCAUGCCAAAUCGGAAAGGAUCAUCUUUUAUGACAACCACAAAAAAAAGCAAUUGGGGUUUCCUGAACAGUACAUAUCAAUGCUCAUCACUGCACAUAUUGCCAUUUUGUUAAGUCACUGAACAUCUAACGCCUUUAGCGUAACUUUCGUUAACAGGUGGCAUGACAACAUUAUUAAAAAAACAAAAACAAAAAAACCCCACACAACAGAGAACACAUGCCAUAAAUAAAUAAAUGCAUUCCCAGCUAAUCCUAAAACAGCUUCUCUGAUUGCUGCUUCAUUAAAAUAUAACUUAAUUUGUUUUCUCGUUACUGUACGUCCCUGCUCUGCGUUCUUGACAUGUUGUGAUCUCUCCUCUUAGUGAUCAUUUGAGCAUGAUACAAACAAAAGUCUUUCAGCUUAUACUGUAUGUGCCUUUGAAUUGUGCUUAAGUAUUUAGUAAGGAAUAUCAUUCUGAAAAGUCUAAACAAUUAUGAGCUUGUUUUUUUCUUUAAAUUAAAUCUCAUGAAAAUGCAAUAUCAUGAAUAUACUGUGAUACUGUUUAGGGAUCAAAUACAAUGUGAAUAAAGUCCUUUAUGAAUUCAUUUUAUUGAGAAGCCACAUGUGCCUCU